AUGAGAAAAACUAUUAAAGUUUCUUCCUCUCUCGUAUUCAACCUUUCCCUAUUUGUAAAUUAUGUUAUUUGGGACUAUUUUACAAAAAAAAAAAAUCNGGUUGAGCAGUUAAGGACUCAUGCUCGUAGGUUACAGAUACCGAUAUUUGAAAAGGGGUAUGAAAAGGAUCCAGCAGUAGUUGCUAAAGAAGCUAUUCAAGAAGCAACUAGAAACGGAUCCGAUGUUGUUCUUGUUGACACAGCUGGUAGGAUGCAGGAUAACGAACCUCUGAUGAGAGCACUCUCAAAGCUCAUCAACCUUAAUCAGCCAGACUUGGUCUUGUUUGUUGGUGAAGCACUUGUUGGAAACGAUGCAGUAGACCAGCUCUCAAAGUUUAACCAGAAACUUUCGGAUCUCUCCACCUCUGGGAACCCAAGACUGAUCGAUGGAAUCUUACUGACUAAGUUCGAUACCAUUGAUGACAAGGUUGGAGCAGCUUUAUCGAUGGUUUACAUAUCGGGAUCACCGGUUAUGUUCGUGGGUUGUGGCCAGUCUUACACUGACCUGAAGAAGCUUAAUGUCAAAGCCAUAGUCAAGACACUUCUCAAGUGAUCUCCUCUUCUUCAUUAUCAUCAUCGUCAUCACUAUCAUCAAUCAAUGUCUUAUCCAUCAUACUGUUGUUUUUGGUUUAUGAUUUGAAGACUGUUUCUCUUUGGAUCUGAUGUUGUUUUUUUAUAUGAAAAAUUACUCAGAAGACUAUUUCGUUGGAGUCGAAAAAUCUCAUCCCAUGACUUUGUUUGUAUGAAGCAACUUUUGUUUUAAUUAAAAGACAAAUAAUCAUGUCAAA